UCCGCCCAUGCGUAAAUGAGUAUUUUGUAAAGUAGGAAGUUCGUAAACAAGGUUUACUCGCGCCUCCAACUCCAAGAAGAGCCAUGUACGGGUGGCUGCUGGAGAGUGUGCAGCACUACAUCGUGCAAGAGUGUGGAGAGGAAAUAUGGGAGACCAUCCUACGAGAAGCCGGUGCGAGGAACACGGUGUUCAGCGCUACUCAGCAAUACCCAGAUGCUUUGAUGCUGCGCCUGGCCAGCGCCCUGGCUCGGCUGGUGGGCGAGGAGCCGGCGAGCGCCGCGCCCGGCAGCCCCGCGCCGCGCAAGCCCUCGCUCAAGGCCAAGCCCUCCUGGCGCAGCGCCUCGCUGCACAACGACAACAGGAACCCGCACUUCAAGUGCCCCUUCACGGCCACCAAUGCUCUCACUGCGGCCACGAAAAAAGAAAUAGAAGCGUACAACUCACAGGAAGAAAUCAGAACUCAGGCAUCGGCAGCAUCAGCGGAUAAAAUUAAUAUAAAAGAAGAACUCACCAAUUUGAAAGACGUAACAAACAGUUGCCAGGAAAUCGUCAAGUAUAAUAGGAGGAGCUUAGGAUUCAAACUUGAGGACAACAAAACUUUUCCAUGUGUCCCUUCAACCUCGUCGGAAAUGACUUCUAAAACUAGUCCGAAUAGUAAAGAAGAAUCUGGUGACUCGUUACCGACCUCUCCAGUAUCUGAAAAUGGAAAGAAGGCCAGAUCCAUUAGAAAGAACAGUGCUACUUUGGCUAUGGAGGGAUAUCGGCGUCGUGGUAGCGGGGCGAAGCCCAGUGCCAAGAUGAACCUCGGUCUUAUCCGCGAGGACCAGCUACCCGGUAUGAAGGAGAAGUUUGGAACUCCCGAGAAAGUUAUGCAUUUCUUUGGGAGAUGCUUUGUGAAGUUUUUCAGUAAAUAUCAGUACGACCAGAUGAUCCGCGCGACGGGGCGGUACUUCUGCACGUUCCUGCAGUCGGUGGACAACAUCCACCAGCGCAUGCAGUUCACGUUCCCGCGCAUGCGCUCGCCCAGCAUGCAGCUGACGCGCGCGCACCGCCACGGCGCCGAGCUCGUCUACAGCAGCACGCGCACCGGCUUCACGCACUACCUCAUGGGUCAACUGUAUGAGAUAGCGGAGGACAUUUUCUCGCUGAAGCUGAAGGUUUCCAUUAUGAAGGAGAGCAUGGAGGGGAGCUACUACGUGGCAGUGCUACGCCUCGAGUUCGACAACAGCGACUAUGUGCAAUCACUGAUGCUCCGCAAGUCGCUGCCGUGCCCGCUACCGCCCGUGCCCGUGGCCCUGCUGCUGCAACUGUUCCCGUUCGGAGUGCUACUGGACAGGCGGAUGAAGAUUAUGAAAGCGGGCGAGAAGCUUGUGUCAGCCUGGGGUGGCCCGUACAUACGUAUGGUCAAAUCACCGAUUUCGGAGAUCCUACGCCUGAGAAAACCGAAAGUGUCAUUCACUUGGGACAAGGUAGUGUGCAUGCAGACCGUGAUGUUUGAGCUGGAGCUGAUGAGGUGGCGCGGCAAGUGCCUGGCUGACGCGCGUCGUGGCUCGCAGGGUGCCAAGGCCAUCCUGCUCAAGGGGCCGAUCUACUUCCUUGAAGAGAUCGAUGCGCUGAUCUUCUUGUGUAGCCCAAUAUUUAACGGUCUCGAUGAGUUGAAACAGGCAGACCUAUGCCUAGCCGAUAUGAACGGCCACGGGCUCUCCAAAGAGAUGAUCCUCCACGGCUGGCAGCACCUGUCCAAGCUGGAACUCCUGUUCGAGAGGGCGGAGAGCCGCAGCCUUUCGCUGGAGAAGUCGUGUCGCUUGCUGGACCAGUGGAAGAAACGGAGCGACCAGUUACUAUACUCUAUGAUACCGAAAGCUAUUGUCGACCAUUUGAGAGCGGGAAAAGAUGCUAUGUCUGCGUGCCAGGCGUUCGACGUGACAAUAAUGUUCUGCGGCGUGCAGCUGGCAGAGGCGGGUACCCGCGCCGACGUGAUGCACACGGUGGCGCACAUGAACGAGGUCUACUCGCGCAUCGAUCGCCUCCUGGACGCGCACCGCGUCUACAAGGUGGAGACAGUGGGUACGGUGUACAUGCUGGUGGCAGGUGCGCCCGAGCGGCGCCGCGCGCACGCCGCCGCCGCCGCCAGCGCUGCGCUUGCCAUAGCCCGCGCGCUACCACGCCUUACCAUCGGCGUUCACUCGGGUCCUUGCGUGGCGGGCGUGCUGGGCCUGAAGUUGCCGCGGUACUGUCUCGUAGGUGACUCCGUCAACACAGCUAGUCGCAUGCAGACUACCUCCGAGCCGGGUCGUAUCCAAAUAUCGGCGGCAACGGCAGCGCAGCUCCCAGCCGGCCGUUUCCGACUGCGGCGCCGCGGACUAAUCGAAGUUAAGGGUAAAGGCAUGAUGGAGACGUUCUGGCUGGAGGGCGAGGUGGAGGAGGACGAGGCUCACGAGGCGCUGCAGCUCUUCUCCGCACUCACCGGGGACGCCUGAGUCGGACGCCGCGACCUUCGACCCUGACGCGAACUCUUUCAGGUCCAUCAAUAUAACCAGAGAUCGGAACCGUUAUUUAUAUAACUGAAUCAUGUUAAGUGGGAAUGUCGGGUUAAACGGCGACUUAUCAGGCAGGCAAUUAUGGUCGCGCG